UCUCUCUCUCUCUCUCUCUGAGUUAAGAUUGAGCUUCAGCCCAGACUACAGCUUUCUUCCUCUGUCCAACAUCUAAGAUGGGAGAUUCUGGGAGCUGUGAUCCAGGACAAAAAUAAGUGCGGUUAAUCAUAGAAGUCCUACAGUGUGGAAGUAAACUGUUCAGCCCCUCAAGUCCACGUUGGCCCCUCUGAAAAGCCUCCCCCAUUCCCCCCCCCACCACCACCACCACCACCCAAUCCAGUAAUUUGCUGGUGGGUGAGAUUAGGACUAGAGGUCAUGGCCUCGAGGUUAGAGGGAGUCGGUUUCAGACACAUGAGGAGGAACUGCUUUUCCCGGAAAAUAGUGACUCCAUGAAAUUCUCUGCCUAUGGAACCGGGAGAGACAGCUUCACUAAGAAUAUUCAAGACACAGGACACUAGUGUGGCAGGAAGAAUACUAAGACACCCGAGCGAGGGUGACUGUGGAAAAAGUGCUUCAAACCAUUUCCUCAGCUUGGGGGAAUCAAAAUCCCACCCCUCACGGUGGGGACAGACUGUGUACCCGUUCUGUUUGUAAUUUCAAACCCAGGUGACACAAGGAAUACUCUCCCCAUGGGGAAACCGUGGAAAUGUGGGGACUGUGGGAAAGGAUUCCCUUCCCCCUCAGUGCUGGAAAUUCACAGACGUGUUCACAGCGGGGAGAAGCCGUUCAUCUGCUCAGUGUGUGGGAAGGGAUUCACAAAUUCUUCCAACCUGCGGGCGCACCAGUGGGUCCACACGGGAGAGAAGCCCUUCACCUGCUUGGUGUGCAGGAAGGGGUUCACGCAUUCAUCUGCACUGCUGACCCACCAUCGGGUCCACACUGGGGAGAGGCCGUUCGGUUGCUCAGAGUGCGGGAAGGCUUUCCGUCGCGUGAGCAACUUGAGGAAGCACGAGCGGGUCCACACGGGGGAGAGGCCGUUCCCCUGCCCCGAGUGUGGGAAGGGAUUCAUUGAUUCUUCCAGCUUGCUGAACCACCAGCAGAUCCACACAGGGGAAAGGCCAUUCACCUGCUCUGUGUGUGGGAAAGGAUUCAAUCAUAUGAGCAAUUUGCGGCAGCAUAAGCGGGUCCACACUGGGGAGAGGCCAUUCACCUGCCCCGAGUGUGGGAAGGGAUUUACCAACUCUUCCCACCUGCUGACCCACCAGCGGAUCCACACUGGGGAGAGGCCAUUCACCUGCUCCAAGUGCAGGAAGGGCUUCACCUGCUCCUCUGACCUCCAGAGACAUCAACGAGUUCACGUGCCAUCACAGGGAAAUUGAAGGAGUGACAGAUAAGUACCAUUUUUGACUAGACUAUCAACCCCGUUCUGGGGUCUCCCAGGUUUGAAUCCCACCGUGGUAGAUGGCGCAAUUGAAAUCUGGAGUUCAGAAUCAAAUGAUGAAACCAUUUUCAGGGGAAGAAAAACCCCACCUUAUUCACUCAUGUCCUUUUUUAGAGAAUGAAGCUAUCUUUGCAGGAAAGGAAUCACUCAGUUAUUCCAGCUGCAUCCUUUACCUGGUCUGGCCUACCCCUGACUCCAGAGCCACAGCAGUGUGGUUGACUCUUGAUUGCAUCCCCCUCCUGUAUAUGAGCUGGAGAAACUAACUUGUAUACAGGGUGUAGGCUGAAACUGCUGAGUGAGGCAAUACUUCCUCCAGGUGAAGGCUGUACCAGGGAUCCAGUUCCAAAGGGAUAAUUUGCUGCUGACCAAUAGUAAAGAAAGUGGGGGAUGGGGAGUG